AUGUGUUGCUUUAAACUUCCCAAGGGCCUUGUAAGGGACCUGGAAAGCAUGAUUCGCAAAUUUUGGUGGGGAUAUAGUGCAGAGCAUCGGAAAACCCACUGGGUAAAAUGGGAACGAUUAUGUGAAGCCAAAGAAGCACGGUUCUUCCCGGAUUGCUCCAUUUUAGAGGCAAAAGAAUCAAGUUCCGGUUCCUAUGCAUGGAAAAGCAUUAUUGGUGCUAGAGAUGUGAUUCGAAAAGGUAUGGUUUGGCGUAUUGGGACAGGGGAGGCAGUGUGUAUUAAGGAGGAUAGGUGGCUGCCUGGACGUGUAAACGGUUCAGUCAUUUCUCCCCUUCCUUCUAUGGCUCCGGAAGUGAAAGUGAGUUCCUUGAUUGAUCCAGAAAGAGUCGCUUGGAGAACAGAGGUUGUGCAGCAACUAUUUCUACCCUAUGAAGCUGACAUGAUCUUGGGUAUUCCAUUGAGCUCUCGACGCCCCGAUGAUCGCAUUAUUUGGGCACACACACCAUCUGGUAUGUGGAUCAAAUCCGGACAGCCAGAAAAAAUUCUGGAAAGGUAUCUGGCAGCUUCGGUACCCAACAAAAUAAGGCAUUUUGCGUGGAGAAUUUGCAACAAUGCUCUGCCUACACUGGUCAAUCUUCACCGACGCAGCAUUGUGCCUAGUCUGAUCUGUGCCCAGUGCCAAAACUAUCCUGAAGACGCUCUCCAUGCAAUAUGGUGCUGCGAAACCAUCAAAGGAGCUUGGUCGGCCUUGGAGUGGAUCCGUCAAACUGCACCGCCACAGCCUGCAUCCUUUAGCGAUCUACUAGCUGGAUUCCUGUCCUGUGGAGAAGAAUUCAGAGCUAAGAUCUUCGUGACCAGUGCGUGGUUCCUCUGGAAUAGAAGGAAUGCUGUCCAUUUUGGCCGCCCCUCAUUGCCUGUGGAUAGCAUAUGCAGCAGAGCAGGAAACUACUUGCAGGAAUUUUUGCAAGCUCAGAUAGAAGAGCCAAUUCCAAUUCGUCUUCCUCCCAGUCAGCAGUGGCGUCCUCCGGAUCAUCAUUGUUUAAAAAUAAAUUUCGAUGCAGCGAUGUUUCGUCGACCAAGUAAGGCGGCCGUUGGUGUCGUUAUCCGCAACAAUGCAGGUGAAGUUGAAGGUGCUCUGUCCUCGUCCAUUCCCAUGGCCCAUUUGGUGGCUGAUCUUGAAGCCUUAGCAUGUUUGAAGGCUGUCCAGUUUGCAUUGGAACUGGGUAUUACUAGAGCAGUGUUUGAAGGCGAUAAAGCAGUUAUCAUUAACGCCCUCCUACACGGUGCGGGUGUAUUUGCUUCUUUUGGCAAUACUUUGGAUGAUAUACGCAUGCUUUCUUCGGUUUUUCAGUUUGUAGAAUUUAUUUUUGUUAAUCGAGGUUGUAACUCGGUAGCUGAUGCUUUGGCCAAAAAAGCUAAGCUUAUAGUUGGGGAUCAGGUUUGGCUUCAUGAUGUGCCAGUAGACAUUGCCCCCUUAGUUAGUCUUGACGUUCAUUGA